CGCUAGGUACUUGUUGUGAGCGGUCCGCCCCGAGGUUGACAACAUGGAAGCGGCGGUGCUGGCCGCGGUGCUGGGGUUCCUACUCCUGACCAGGGGCUCGGUGGGCGACGAGGCCCGGGAGGCAGAGGCCGUACGGGAGCUGGUGGCCCGGCUGCUGGGAGCCGGGCCGGCGGCCGACUUCUUGGUGUCCGUGGAGCGCUCCCUGGCAGCCGAAUCGGGCCUGGACACAUACAGGCUGAGCGGCGGCGGCGGGGCGCCGGUGCGCGUGCGCGGCUCCACGGGCGUGGCGGCCGCCGCGGGGCUGCACCGCUACCUGCGCGACUUCUGCGGCUGCCAGGUGGCCUGGUCCGGCUCUCAGCUGCACCUGCCGCGGCCUCUGCCUGCUGUGGCGGAAGAGCUGACCGAAGCCACGCCCAACAGGUACCGCUAUUACCAGAAUGUGUGCACGCACAGCUACUCCUUCGUGUGGUGGGACUGGGCCCGUUGGGAGCAAGAGAUUGACUGGAUGGCGCUGAAUGGCAUCAACCUGGCACUGGCUUGGAGUGGCCAGGAGGCCAUCUGGCAACGGGUGUACUUGGCCUUGGGUCUGACCCAGUCAGAGAUCGAUGAGCACUUCACCGGUCCUGCCUUCCUGGCCUGGGGACGCAUGGGUAACCUGCACACCUGGGGUGGCCCCCUGUCCCGUUCCUGGCAUCUCAAGCAACUCUACCUUCAGCAUCGGAUCCUGGACCGGAUGCGCUCCUUCGGCAUGAUCCCGGUGCUGCCUGCCUUCGCAGGUCAUGUCCCCAAGGCCAUUACCAGGGUGUUCCCACAGGUCAAUGUCACCCAGUUGGGGAACUGGGGACAUUUCAAUUGCUCCUACUCCUGCUCCUUCCUUCUGGCUCCAGGGGACCCCAUGUUCCCUCUCAUCGGGAGCCUCUUCCUGCGGGAACUGACCAAAGAGUUUGGCACAGAUCAUGUCUAUGGAGCUGACACCUUCAAUGAGAUGCAGCCUCCCUCGUCGGAGCCCUCCUACCUCACCGCAGCCACCGCGGCUGUCUAUGAGGCCAUGACCGCUGUGGACCCCGAUGCUCUCUGGCUUCUCCAAGGCUGGCUCUUCCAGCACCAGCCGCAGUUCUGGGGCCCUGCUCAGGUCAAGGCCGUGCUGGAGGCUGUGCCCCGUGGUCGUCUCCUGGUUCUGGACCUGUUUGCAGAGAGCCAGCCUGUUUACCUCCGCACUGCCUCCUUCCACGGCCAGCCUUUCAUCUGGUGCAUGCUCCACAACUUUGGGGGCAACCAUGGCCUGUUUGGCUCCCUCGAGGCAGUGAACCAAGGCCCACAGGCAGCCCGCCUCUUCCCCAACUCCACCAUGGUUGGCACUGGCAUAGCCCCCGAGGGUAUUGGCCAGAAUGAAGUGGUCUAUGCCCUCAUGGCUGAGCUGGCUUGGCGUAAGGAUCCUGUGCCAGAUUUGGCAGCGUGGGUGAGCAGCUUUGCCAGCCGCCGAUAUGGGAUCUCCCAGCCAGAUGCAAGGGCAGCCUGGAGGCUGCUCCUCGGGAGCAUCUACAACUGCUCUAGGGAAGCCUGCAGUGGACACAAUCGAAGCCCUCUGGUUAAGAGGCCAUCCCUACAUCUCACUACCACUGUCUGGUACAACCGAUCAGACGUCUUUGAAGCUUGGCGACUGUUGUUAACAGCUGCUCCAAACCUGAGCACUAGCCCAGCCUUCCGCUAUGACCUGCUGGAUGUUACCCGCCAGGCAGUGCAGGAGCUGGUCAGCUUGUUGUAUGAGGAAGCAAGGACCGCCUACCUGAACCAAGAACUUGAAGUCCUGCUUAGGGCUGGAGGCCUCCUGGCUAAUCAGCUCCUACCAGCACUGGAUGAGCUGCUGGCUAGUGACAGCCGCUUCUUGCUGGGCAGCUGGUUGGAUCAGGCCAGGGCAGCGGCUGUGAGUGAGGCUGAGGCCCAGUUGUAUGAACAGAACAGCCGCAACCAGAUCACGCUGUGGGGGCCGGAGGGUAACAUUUUGGACUAUGCCAAUAAGCAGCUGGCAGGACUGGUGGCCGAUUACUACCAGCCACGCUGGGGCCUCUUCCUGGAGGCUCUGGCUCACAGCGUAGCCAGCGGUGUCCCCUUCCGACAGCAAGAGUUUGAGAAGCGGGUUUUCCCACUAGAACAGGCCUUCGUUACCAACAAGAAGAGAUACCCCAGUCAGCCCCAAGGUGACACUGUGGACCUAGCCAAGAAGAUCUUCCUCCGAUAUCACCCACAGGCUGGCUCUCUGUGACAGACCAGCCAUCCAGGGACCCGCCGGAACAGUGAGUGACGUGGGUGGCUUAGAGGCAAGUGAGGUGUUUUCUUCCACCCCAGGUUUGGGAGUUAAGGUACUGUUUUCUGUUGACAAUAAACCACUGAAUCAGCCUGGGUCUAUACAUGUAAAGUACCAUACACUGCUGGUAUGCCUGGAGGGCCUGGGUGUACUUGUGCACCCUGGUGUGGAGGCACUCUUCCCAGCCCUCGCUGCAGCA